AGAGAGCUUCUUCCAACGGAUCAUCUCUUCACUUCACCAGAAAUUACAAGAGAGCUUCUUCCAACAGAUCACUCUUCACUUCUUCUCUUCACCAUGGGGAACUGUGCUGCCUGCUGCCGAGGAUUCUGGUGCAGGGCCAAAAACCCUGAUGUCCGGAUCAGUCUGCCUGCGGUCUGCUUCGUGUGGCAGAUCGCUAUGAUCAUCUUGUUUGGAGUGUUUGUGCGUUAUGAUGAAGAGUCGGACGCACACUGGUCUGAGUACAAGCUUGCAAACAACAUCACGAGUGACAUCGAGAACGACUUCUACUACAGAUACCCAAGCUUUCAGGAUGUGCAUGUGAUGAUCUUCGUUGGUUUUGGCUUUCUCAUGACCUUCCUGAAGCGUUACAGCUUUGGCGGGGUCGGUUUUAACUUUCUCAUCGCUGCCUUCGGUCUGCAGUGGGCUCUUCUCGUGCAGGGCUGGUUUCACUUUCUGGAUCCGGCUGAUGGCUAUAUCAAGAUUGGAAUUGAGAAUAUCAUCAAUGCCGACUUCUGUGUGGCUGGAUGUCUCAUUGCUUAUGGAGCUCUGCUGGGAAAAGUCAGUCCAGUGCAGCUGAUGGUCUUGACGUUAUUUGGCAUCCCACUGUUUGCAGUUGAGGAAUACAUCAUUCUUCAUGUUUUCCAUGUUCGGGACGCUGGCGGAUCCAUGGUCAUCCACACUUUCGGAGGAUAUUACGGUCUGACAAUAUCAUGGAUUCUCUAUCGACCGAAACUAGACAAGCGUCUGAAUGGAUCUGUCUACCAAUCGGAUGUCUUUGCUAUGAUUGGGACUCUCUUCCUCUGGAUGUUCUGGCCCAGUUUCAACUCUGCCAUCUCAGAUCAUGGAGAUGGACAACAUCGGGCAGUCAUAAACACCUACCUCGCACUGGCUUCUUCAGUCCUGACUACAUUUGCCAUAUCAAGCCUUUCAGCCAAGAGGGGAAAACUGGACAUGGUGCAUAUCCAGAAUGCAACUCUGGCUGGGGCGGUCGCCAUGGGAUCAGCGGCCGAGUUUAUGAUCACACCCUACGGUUCUCUCAUCGUGGGCUUCUGCUGCGGGAUACUCUCCACAUUUGGCUACCUGGUGAUCACUCCCUUCAUGGAAAAGUAUAUGAAGAUUCAAGACACAUGCGGAGUCCAUAACCUGCAUGCCAUGCCUGGUGUCCUCGGAGCAGUCGUGGGGGCCAUCACAGCGGCCGCUGCCAGUGAGAGCGUCUACGGACAUGAAGGGUUGGUAAACACCUUCAAUUUUAAAGGGAAGUAUGCUGAAAGGACCCCUGCCACACAAGGAGGCUUCCAGGCAGCUGGUCUUUGUGUUGCUCUUGCUUUUGGAAUCGUAGGUGGAGCCAUAGUAGGUUUAAUCUUGAGACUUCCGUUCUGGGGAGACCCAUCCGAUGAUAACUGCUUUGAUGAUGAGGUGUACUGGGAGGUGCCUGAAGACGAGGAGAGCAUCCCUCCCAUUCUUGAGUACAACAGUCACAUGGUUGGCAAAAAUACAGACAGGAUGUCUAACUUCACUGUGGAACAGAGCUAAUGCAAGAAAUAAGGACUUCGUUAUGGCAAAAGAUGCACCUGAUCACAUCAUAUUGAAAAAAAAAAAAAAAAAAAAAAAGAUGUUCAGACCAAGUCUGUGCUGUUCCUGUAAUACCUUUGUGAGGUAUUGACCUGCCUAAUAUAGAGCAGAGGCCCAGAAGGGUCAGCUAUUAGUUCAAUUUCAUUUCUUUGCGCUCUAGAAUCCUCAAAUUACUUUAAUAAGCUUAUGCAUUUAUCAUUUCUAAAGGGAAAGCUUGUACCGCAUAUAUAUAUUUUUUUUAAUCCAAAUGUACAGCUAAUUCUAACUGUAUUAAGUUUCAAUCAUUCUGGAAACGAGAGAAACAGUAAUUAUUGUACUCUUGUCAUGUUUGCUCCUGUGUUAAAGAACAGACUUUAGACUAUUACAAUUUAGAUUUUAUGAAUGUGAGUUAAUUAUCUAGUUAUUUUCAAAUGUCCAGUUAUGUGAUAUAUGUGUAGACUGUUAUAUUUCAUUAUGUGAAGGAGUACAUGAGGACUUUUGAGAGGUCAAUGACCUCCGCUUGUUUUUAGACCAUGUAGA